AUGGCUGGUAGGUUCACAUUAUUGCAAUCAGUCACCUCUACUAUUCCCAUAUAUUAUAAGCAAACUGCUAUGUUGCCUGCUUCUAUUUGUAACAAGUUGGAUCAGUUAAAUACGAAUUUUCUUUGGGGGCAUGCCUUUGAUAAGGCAAAGGUGCGUCUUGUAAAUUUGGAAACUGUGUGUAAGUCUAAGUGUGCUGGUGGUCUAGGAGUGAAGAAGGCUGCUUGGAUGAAUCAAGCUUUAUUGGCUAAAUCCAGUUAG